GCUACAGAUGCUCACAUUCACCCAUGCAGACGUGUGUUCAUGCAGUGCUGCUCCCAUCCCACAGUCUGAACUCUGCCUCUCUGAUGGAGAAGUUGAGGGAUGAAGAGGACCAAGUCAGAGUUUAGAGCUUUCACCUAACUCUCUCCAGCACUCAGAGCCAGACCUCCUCAAAAAUAAGUUUGUUAGAGGUUCCUCUUGAGCCCAUGUUGUCUGAAUGUGUGACCAUCUGAAGACACCCAGGGCAGUGAGAUGUCUUCCCCCGAUUCACCGACCAUGUUUCAAACAAUUUCAACCCCUUCGAUGACCACAAACGCCUCAAACAUGACCACAAAGGCACCGAACGGUAACGGACACCCAUACAACAUGGUCCUCCUUCCCAUCUACUCGGUGGUUCUGCUCAGUGGCAUCAUCAGCCUCAGCUUCAUGGUCCACGUCAUGAAGUCCAGCACCACAUCCAUCACCUCCAUUGCUGUUCUCAACCUCAUCUUCGCCCACUUCCUGUUCCUGGUCACCGUGCCUUUCAGGAUCUACUACUACGCCAGCAAUCACUGGGACCUGGGGCAGAGCUGGUGUAAGGCGGUCAGCAGCAUGAUCCACAUCCACAUGUACAUGUCCUUCUUCCUCUACGUCAUCAUCCUCGUCUCACGCUUGCUGGCCUUCUACCACAGGGCGGAGCAGACGGCACCCUUCCGAAGGUUUCAGGCGCUGCUGAUCAGUGCUGCUGUGUGGGUUCUGGUCCUCGUAACAGUCCCUGUCACCAUUAAAUAUUCCUACGGCACAAACACGGAAGAGAAGAAGGAUCUCUGCUUCCAGUUUGGUAACAGCAUCAAAUCUGGAGCCAAAGUCAUCAACUACAUCGUCUGCAUGCUGAUCAUCGUGGUCGCCACCGUGCUGACAGCCCUCCAGGCCAAUGUGCUGAGGAUCUUAUACAGGAAACACAGUGAGGGAUCCUCGUCUCAGCAGGAGUUUGGAGCUCAGCUGAAGAGCAUGUGCUUCGCUCUCAUCAUGGUGGUCUGCUUUGUUCCCUACCACAUGUUCAGGCUGCAUUACUUAGAGAACCUGUACAUGGAGGGCCCCAACGAGGUCUUUCUGAGUUUGACCACCUUUAACUGCCUGGACAUGCUCACCUUCUUAGGACGUAGGAACUGCUACAUGUGCUUCCUGAGAGGGGUAGCGUGAAAAACUAUGACAGAACAAACACUCUGGGCAGGAACUUUUAAAAGUGUGGGUCAUUUUGAGAAACACCUUUUUUUUUUUUUUUUUUUUAACAGCAGGCAGGUCUCUCAUCUGUCCUUUGUCGGCUGAUGGAGACAACAGAAAACAUGAAAACACUCACUUUAGUCACAGAUUACUGAAUUUUGAUUUCUCACUUUUGCAUGUUAAAGUUCAUCAGACCAAUCCAGCAUGGCUCAGUCAGUGAGGUUUACAGACAACAGGGUUUCAUCUGAAACGAGAAAUCCAAAAUCAAGAAAAAAGCUAUUUCAUAGCUACUGUUUUUAAAAGAUAUAUAUUAUUAACAAAAAAAGAUACGUUUUUACUCUGUUGUUUUUGUUUUCUAAUCAAAUAAAGAAGAAGAACAGAACACUGGGGCUGUAACAUUCUUUUAUUCACAAAAUCUGCCCCAGAUCACAGAGUCUUCGGAAACUCUUAAAAUGUCCUUCACUUUUAGUUUUUCUUAUGUUUCAGCCUGAUGAUACUGUUCAAAUAAUAUCCCACAGCCAAUCCAAGCUCUUUCUCUCAACACAGGAGUCCCUUUAAAUCUGAUGCCCCCACUCAUCGUAUCUGUAAUCAUGCUGAUGCACCACACUGCUGCUGCUGGCAAAGGGUCCCCUCCUCCAACCCAGCCUCCUCCUUUAUAGACUAAAGCUUCACCUCCUCCAACCCAGCCUCCUCCUUUAAAGCCAAA